GCUUCCUGCGGACUUUGAGAGUCACGCAUGCGCCUUGGGCAGCCGCCCUGCCGCUGGGAGGUACGGGUGCUGCGUGGGCGUGACGUUACCGCGUGCCGCAGCCUGCGGCGGGCCGGGGCAGGGAUGGCGGCCGCCGUGGAGCCGGAGGUGGAGGACCCGCUGUGGAGCUUUGUGCGGGUUCUGGAGAAGCGGGAUGGGACAGUGCUUCGGCUGCAGCAGUACGGCUCCGGGGGCGUGGGUUGCGUUGUGUGGGACGCCGCCAUCGUCCUUUCCAAAUACCUGGAGACGCCGGGGUUUUCUGGCGACGGGGCCCACGCGCUGAGUCGGCGCUCGGUGCUGGAGCUGGGCUCCGGCACGGGGGCCGUGGGGCUCAUGGCUGCGACCCUCGGGGCAGAUGUUAUAGUCACUGAUCUUGAAGAGCUGCAGGACUUGCUGAAAAUGAAUAUUGAUAUGAACAAGCAUCUUGUGACUGGUUCUGUUCAAGCCAAGGUACUGAAAUGGGGUGAAGACAUAGAAGACUUGAUGUCACCAGACUACAUAUUGAUGGCAGACUGUAUAUACUAUGAGGAGUCCUUGGAACCACUGCUGAAAACAUUAAAAGAUCUCAGUGGAUCUGAAACUUGUAUUAUAUGUUGUUACGAACAACGUACAAUGGGGAAAAAUCCAGAAAUUGAGAAGAAGUAUUUUGAGCUCCUGCAGCUAGACUUUGACUUUGAAGAAAUCCCUUUGGACAAACAUGAUGAAGAAUACCGAAGUGAAGACAUUCAUAUUGUGUACAUCAGAAAGAAAAAGCCAGUAUGUGCUUUCACAGUUCUUCAUAUCUGAUUGUGUCAGCUGGCUCUUGUCUGUGUGCUGAGCUGUGGUCAGGUUCGUCAUCUCCACCUAGUGUGAAGAGCUGUGCUGACUGACACGCAGCGUUUCCAUCGUUCAUGUGUUGCCUUGGGUUCUUGGUCACAGUCUCAGAACUCAGGAAGUGGAGGGCUAUGCAGUUGGAGGCCAGGCUGGCCACAGUGGGACACUAUAUCAAAAUUUAUGUAAGGCUGGCUUUGUUUCUGCCAUGCUGGAAAAUGGACCUUUGGCCUUAUACCUGAUAGGCAAGCUGUCUGCCAUGGAGAUAAGUCCCCAGCCUGGUAGGCCCCUUAAAGAAAGUCCUUUUCAGUUAUAAGUCAAAUGGCUGAGUAACUGAGACUGUCCCUGAGAAGUUACUGUAAGGCUUCUUAGGUGUAUGUGUGUGUGUGUGUGUGUGUGUGUGUGUGUGUAAUCUCAAUGUUCCCAAUGCUUCUCACAGUGCCUCUUGAACAGCACUUCAAAAGAUUUUUGUAGCUUCCUCUUUCUAACUUUUUAAAAGACUAGUUGCAACUUUUAAACUUUGGUCAUUCUCAUUUUCCCUUUAAAAGGAAAAUGGGCGGUCUGACCUGGAGAAGAAAAGCACCCCAAUUAAAUAGACCUUGAUGUGUGCUCCCGUCUGGUUGUCUUCCCACCGUAACGGUUUUUUAGUGGCUCACCUUUAUUGCACCUACGGUUCAAGCCUGUAGAAGGGGGAAUCUUGUAUGCUCGAUUGUGGAUGUGAGGACCGUAAGGCAGAGACAUUAGUUUCACUAAUGACACUAAAAUCUAGUGUGUUCCACUACUUUCUGAUGAUUUUGGUCUGAUUGAAUUCAAUGAACAGUGAACACCCGGCUCACUCUGCUUUCUAGUGGUAAGGAUUCUAUAGCCAGCAACACAGUUUUAGAGACCAGGAAUGGGAGUUAAAACUCAGUCUAAGGAAGAAAGGCUAAGAGGGUUAUUUAGACUGGUGUGGAAUGUGCUGAAAAGGCAAAGACAAUACAUUUGUACCUUAGGAGAUGCAGUGUUUGCUGAAGCUGCUGUACAGUUUCCAAGGGAUUUUUUUUGAGGCAUAAAUAUCUUUUAUGUUUCUGAAUAUAAACAAUUAUUUUGUUUUUGCAAAGACCUGUUUCCUUUUUAAAUUGAUAUAAUUCUCAUUCCAUAAAUUUAUCCUUGCAAAGCACAUGUCUCGGUUUUUAGUCAACUCGGCUGUAUCGUAAGUGUUUCCAUCACCAGACAGGAAAUGCUGCUGCUGUUCAGUCCGCACCGUCCAUUCUGUGCGUGCUUUACAAGUCUGUUGUCCUGCACACUUCUGCAUCCGGAUCCCUUCAUUCAGCACAGCGUUUCCCGGUCCCUCCGUGUCGCAUCCUCACCUUAUCCUCCUCUCUGAGUCUGAGUCACAUCCCUGAGCACAGUUCUGCUAGCUAAUCCACACAUUCCUUCAUCCGCUGGUAACAUUUCUCGUUUGCUUCUUGUCUGUGAGUAAUAAUCCUGCCGUGAACACGUAUGUGUGCAGAGACUUCGUAGGUAUGGUGAAAUCACCAACGCUUUCCAAAGCUCCUGUUUCGUCUUUACCUUCCCAAGGGCUCCCUUGCCGAGUGCUCGCCAACACUUGUUGCUGUCUGUCCUUCUCGUGGUAGUUGUUGGGGCAGGUGAGGUAUAGGAUUCCAUUGCAGGUUUUUUUCUUAAUUAAUGAUCUUCAGUAUCUUAUGUCACUAGAGAAAUAUUUGCCCAUUUUUAGAUUGUGCUGUCUUAGACAUUCUGAGUCCUUUACCAACACAAAGGCUUUUAGUUUUGAUAAUAUUCAUAAUCUGCUUUCUUCUUGAUUGCUUUAGAUGUCAGCUAAGAACUGUCUCUAAACAUUGCACAUGGCUCUCUUGAAGUGCGCUACUUGGUGUUAUAACAUUAAUGUUCAAACUCCCCCGUUCCUCAUAGAAACCGCCAUCAUGAAGCGCUUCUCCAUCUUAGCCACGCCCCGCAACAUCCUGGGUAAGGUCAAGAUGUGAACGGAGCAUGUGCAUACCGCAUGGAAGACUGCCUCACAGAUUUCUCCAGCAUGUCCUUAGAGAUCUGGUACAUGGAUGACAACUACUUUGGACUGCCCACAAUGUGAAAUGUCUGCCUGCCCACCCGCCCGCCCACCUGUGGGCUGAAAUCUAACGUAGGUUUACUUAGUUCGGCAUCAAGUUCUGCUUAAAAGAAACGUUGACAAUCACUCAAAUAAAAAUUAAUUUUGAGAGACCCUCAAGUCUGAAGCAGCAUGGUUGGCUCAGUACAUUUCUAAGAAGCUCAAAAUCAGUUGAUCCAAUUUCUAAUGGCAUCUAUUACUGUACAGGAAUGUUCUGAGGACUGGUGUCAUGGUGGCGCACGCCUUUAAUACCAGCACAGGGGAGACAGAAGCAGGUGGCCCUCUUGAGUUCCAGACCAGCCUGCUCUACGGGGCAAGCUGGUUCCAAGCAUAAUAGGACUGUCUCGAAGGAAGGAAGGAAGGAAGGAAGGAAGGAAGGAAGGAAGGAAGGAAGGAGGGAGGGAGAAAGGAGCAAAAACCCAAAACCAUAGAGAAGUUGAUGCAAUCCAGCUUCCAGUGCUAGUGUCUCUCAUUAUAUAAUACUAAGGUGAAGUUCAGAGGCAGUCUCACUUUUACAUAGUUGUGUAGUGGUUUCUCUUUUUCCUUUGUGUUAUGUUUAAUACUUAACAUGUUCUUUGAAAGGAAACUGAAAAUACUAUUUUGUACCUUUACUGGGCAGAGUUGUGUUUCCCUCCAUCACAGGUAGGUGAGUGAACUGGGGAACUGGGGACUAGUGAACUGGGGAGUCUGGGGCGCUGUAGCUCUAGGUCACUAAGAAGAUAAGUCAGGGGACGGGGGACCAAGCGCUGUCUCAGGGAGGUGUGAGGAGAGAAAGCCAGUUGCAGGCUUCUGCUUCAUACUUAAAUGGAGUUCUGUGUACAUUUAUCAAAUGGUUUUUACUGUGUUGUCUCCAACUUUUUUGUUGUUCCAAUAAUCACCUGCUCACAUAGUCUACUGUGUCAGUCUUGAGCACCACCACCAGAUCCAAAAAGUAGUAACCAGAUGUAUUCUGGAGUUUACAGUCGGUGCUAGAUGGCACGUUGUAUGUGCUGAAAUAAACACCGUUUUUGAAACCUUG